AUGAAUUGUACAGACGAGCUUUCAGUACCGCCAAAGAUUCUGGGAGACAAAACGGCGGUUCGUGUUGUAUUAUGGGUAAUCUCGACUCUCGCGUUGGUUUCGAAUCUCGCGUUGAUCGUCACGCGUGUUUACACGCAUGUUCGUCGACAGAGACCGCUGAGUAUUUUUAUCGUGGGUUUGGCUCUCUCGAAUUUGUUCGUAACGACAAGUGUAAUGAUACUUCUCGUCGCUGAUAGUCACCAGUCCCCUAGAGACGACACCAGUGCGCUUGGUCAAGGAAAUUGGUCCCAGUCCGUUUGUAGCCCGGUCUAUUUCCUGAAGCAUUUUGGGAUAUAUUCGUUGGUCAUGAUCCUAACUUUCAUAAUACUAGAGCGAUUCACGAAACUUGGAUACAAACUUUGUUUUGCUCUAGAGCUCUCGUUUCGCCGCUCGGCAGUGUACAUUUGCGAGGCCUGGGUGCUAUCUUUCUUACUUAUUAUUCCACCCUGGACGCGGGUUACGACUUGGCAUAAGUUUUGUAUGGCAAGCUAUGAAAUGGCAUUCGCCCAGGCGAUGUAUCUAAUUUGUGGGUUACUGGUUUUGGGAGUCUGUUUUUCAGCCCUCAUGUUGGUUGGACUGCUAUUUUGGCGGCGGAUUUUUAUCCCAAAAGCGGGCAGGCGUAAUAAAGAAAUCCGCACGGACAUCCGCCUGAUUGUUGCGGGCGUGCUGACGUUUUUGUUGCUAGGCAUCCCUCAUGGGGCUAUCACGAUUGCCCAUAUGUCCGGGGAGGAAUCUGGGACCGAAAUUGUUACCAUUCUCCUGGCUAUAGCAUGUCUACUCUACCCUCUGGUGUUUAUGAAAUACUCACCGAGUGCCGUUUGUCUGAGUGACACACUAUCCACAAGAAACAUGGAGUGUACAUGUGAGAAAUGCAAUGCGGAACAAUUUUAUCCCAUGAAGUACUCACUUGACUCUCUAAAUCCACCGAAGUCCCUCAACACGUUGACAGAAUAUACCGAGGAUUGCGACAACCAACGACAAUUUACGAAGGCGUCGAGUGUAGAAAACAUGUCAGCGGACAGUCUUCUCGAUAUGGACACUUGGACGUCGCGCAGCAUUAAGACAAAGUCCUGGAUCGAGUCAUGUGACUACGAAGACCUAAGGAAGCUUAGGACACAGACCCCAAAGAGAGACAACAGCUUCCGGGAGGUUACGAGUAAGCCCCGAGCGUUGACGUGGAGCGAUAGAUACGGAGGUAAGUCAGCUUCAACAACUUCCGGUGUUAAUGACGUAUCGAGUUUGACUUCGUCGUGUUCCGAGCGUGUGUCGAGCUCUUCCGACCGUGCUCGAUCGUCAUCCGAACGCGAACGAUCCUCUUCCGACCAUACAUCGUCAAUGCAUGGUGUUGUGACGAGAGGGCACGACGACACGAGAGGUUACGAAGACGCGACGAAAGGACACGAAAUCGUGAUCAUUGAACACGAAAGUGUCCCGACAAAUCACGAUUCGGAAAGUGAGAAAACGUCAGAUCGCAAAAGGAGAUCAAAACGACUGAGUUCAUUCAGGGGUCUUAUACAACGGGCGCUUUCACCAAAACGUCAAAGAUCGAAAUCUUUGCCUGUAAAACCUGAAGCAUUCAUUAAAAAGGUCGAGCGCUGUCAAUCGGCGCCUUUUACGGUAAUAGCAGUGGAUAAAACCGCGACAACAAACGGUAGUAUUUUCACCACUGAAAUUCCCCCAGAGUCUUCAGAACCGAGUUCAGCGUGUUCACAUCAGAAGACUGGGGAGAAUAGAUACAUGGACCGUUUGGCAUCGUUCUUUAUCUUGGCGCCCGCAAAAUCUCCCAAACACCCACGGAAACCUAUGCUAUCCCCAGGGAAAGCUAGGCCAGUUGGGGUAGUGUCCCCCACUCCCUCACAAAAAAGCUCAAUGGCAGAAAGACUAGUAAAGAGCUUUUCUAUUGGUCGAAAAUUACCCUCCCAUGAACCCGCGUCGCCUGCAAGGACGAUUGCCCUCGAAGCGGGCGAUAUCCUAACAGAACUACCUGUCAUGCGCAGACAGAAACUCAGAACCAAGACCAGAGAUCCGAUAGCACGAAUUAGUACCGGUUCAACCGGUUCUGCAACUACCAGAUUUAGCCUAGAAUGGGAUCCCAUUGGAUCAGUCGAGGGUUACGAUGAGCACGAGGUUCUACCCCCCUAUCCACCAGUCAAAACACACAACGGUCAACCCCCGGCAAAGGUUUCCAGACCUUUAUCUGAGGUCCAGGCACCCGAACAACCCAAAGUGACCGAGCGGACAAGUUUGUACAGUUUGGACUGGGACCCAACCUCUGUCCAAUUACGGAACAGUGUUGUGUCACGAGAUAGUUUGGGAUCCCUUGGGGAUCGUAGUGAUGAUGAGGGACAAAUGUAUGAUAUAGAGGAUUGUAAAGGAUCGAAGGGUAAAACGGUGUGGGUAUGA